CAUGCCUCUCCUCCUCCUCCUACUUUAGCUUCUCUUUAGAGACUAACCACUUUCACUUUCUCUCUCUUCUUCUUCUUCUAUGGAGUCUUCAAGGUUCAGAGACGACGAUUCUGACUUCAACAUCUCAGAAUGGAGCUCUAAGGCUCGUAUCUCUCGCCACAACACCAUGUCCAGAAGAUUCUUCAGAGAAGAUUCCACCUCUUUCCGAUCAAACUUCACCGUAUCCAGCACUGCUUCUUCUCCUGGUUACCCUCUCAGAGAUGAAAUCGACCCCUCCACCUACUGUUUCUCCACUGCUCUCAAAGCAUUGCAAGCCAGGUCUGGGUUACGCAGUUGGGAGUACUGUUCAUCGUCGUCUCCAGAAGGUUUUGCUUUGAAUUCAAAGUGGAGCGAAGCUGAGAAGUAUAUCUCCAAUCCGCUUUCGGGGAAAGUUCCAUUGGAAUGCUUAUCUGCAAAAUCUCGCAGUGGAAGGUCCUUCAUUAUCAGAAACUCUUCAUCUUCUUCUUCCUCCAACAGAAUCAUCACCAUGUCUGCUCCUCUCGUGUAUCCUUCAACCCACCUUCCAUUAUCAUCGUCAUCUUCUUCCACCCUGCAAUUCCCCGUUCCAGAAAAGAAGAAGCAGGGAGGGACGAGAGAUGUAGGAACUCAAAGUACACCACCAUGUCUGAGUUCAAGCAGUCCGAGUCCUGCUUCAACGCCUUCCAUUAUAGAGAGAGCAAUCAAGCGAGUCGGAGAAUCGCCCGUUUCAAAUUCAAAGACAAAAUCCGAGGAAGAUCAGGUGGAAGAAGAGAGAGAGAAAGAAAGACAAGAGACACAAACAGAAACAACAAGAAGAGAUGAAAAAGAAGAGCAACUUUGCAGCAGAAGAAGGCAAGCUGGCUGCUUCUCAUGGAUUCUCAGAGAUAAGAAAACAAAUAAACCCACAAAUAAAUAUCAUAACAAUAUCUUCCCUACUCAUCAUUUUAAGCCUUGUUGACCAAAAACAAUGAUAUACUCGUCUUUAAGAAUGACCAAGAGAUGAUGAAGAGAUUCACUCUCUUUGUUCUCAGAGGCUAUUUUCACGUUAGAGAAAGCAAAAGAUGAACAAGUUUAGGUUGAGUAGUGUUUUUUUUUUAAAAUUUUAUUUUGAGGAAAAUAGAGAGAGAGGGAGGGAAUUAUUGUUUGAUGAAGUUUGUUUGAUUAAGAGUGAAUAUGAGUUGUGGUUGUGGUGAAAUUUGGGUGACAGCUUGGCCUUCACGUGACUCAUUUUUGUUUUUGCCUUAUUGAUGUGAUAUCA